GCUGACAACAAUGAAACUGCAUUCUACUACAACUGCAGCUGUCAAAAUAAGACGCUUUUUUAUUUGAGAAAAUUCUCUGUGUUUUUGUUAUUAAUUAAAAGUUAAUUUUAAUCGAAUAAAGUGGCAUAUUUUGUGAGAAAGAAUUGGUUUUAUGUGAUAUUGAUGGAAAUAUGACGAAUAUCAUGGUGUGCCGAUUGUGUUUGCAUGAUAGCGAUUCAUAUUUGGACAUAUUUGAGAAUGACAGUGCUCAACCAGGUGAUCUCGACAAGAAAAUCGAAAGAUAUUUGGGCCUACAGAUAAAACCAGAAGAUACGCACAGCAAAUGCAUCUGUUCAAAAUGCAUCAAUCGUUUGGAAGAAUUCCAUACAUUCUCAUGCGAAGUAUUAGCAAAUCAGGAAAUAUUACAAUUCUCCAACACAAAUUCUAUUAUCAUUUCCAAUGAGAAAUGUCGUAUAGUUCAACUGCACGAAUAUGUGGUGACCCUUCAGACAACAACCGGCCAAAGUCACACGGCUACGAUUGAUUUAAAUCAGUUCCUUCCGGUAGUUAACGAAACGACAUCUAUUGCUGAUUUGGGCAUGACAAUCAUCAAUGAUGUACAAGGAACUGAUGAUAAGAUCACCGAAAUCGUAACCGAAGAGAAUGAAUCGGUAGUGAUAAGUGAAGUCAGCGAGGAAGUUCCACAGAUAAAUGUUGAAGUCGCCGAAAAUCCAGCGAUCCGAAAGUCUAAGCGACUAUCAAAUCCGAGGCCAACAAAGAAAGUCAAACGAAAAGUAAAGACGGCUGAAAAGAAAGAGAAACUAGAAGCUGUCGACAGUGAACCCAGGGACGACAUAAUCGACGAAAAUAAUGAUGCCUACGGAUGCGAUUCAGAUGGUACGGUCGAUCUGAACGAAAGCGAUGAUGAAAAAUGCAAUGAGCCUAGUGAAUGUGAUCUAUUUCUUGACCAUGAAAAAUUUGCCGGUUUCCCGAAAGUUGUGAUCGAAAAUUCGAAAUUGAUCUUCAGAGGCAAAAAACUGUUGGACUUGCUGUCGAGAUUUUAUCGGCUUGAGUGUGACAUGUGUACCGACAACCAGCAUAAAAACAGACCAACUUAUUCCAGAAUAUCGACAUUAUGUACGCAUUAUAAUGAGGUCCAUUCCAUCAAGGGAUACGUUAUAUGCUGUGGCUUACGGCUGAUUAAACCUCGUGCAAUGGCUAUGCAUAUGGCCAGACAUUUACAGCCCGAUGCGUUCAAAUGUCCAACAUGCGAAAAGUUAAUGACCUGCCCGAAAAUACUUCAGUAUCACAUUCAAAACCAUCUUCCGGAGAAAGAGCGACCAUUAGCCUGUCCAGUCUGUCCACGUAAAUUUAGCUACUCUUCUGCACUGGUGGCACAUGCAAUAUCUCAUCAGCCUGAGAAUGAAAGAGCAGCCCACAUCUGUGAUGAAUGUGGCAAGAGCUUCAGUUCGCCAGGUCGUCUAUCUUCUCAUAUCAAUGUGGCGCACAUAAACCAUGCUGCCGAUUACAUUUGCCACAUUUGUGCUAAACAGUUUUCGUGCCGCAGCAAUUUAACAUAUCAUUUGACCACACAUCAACCGAAAAUACAUCAAGUGCAAUGUGAAACGUGUGGAAAAUGGUUGAAGAACAAACUCUGCUUGCGGAAGCACAUGGUUCAACACUCAAUGGUACGAUUUAGCUGUGAACUUUGCGACUAUUCGGCUCUAAAUCGACAGUGUCUAAGGAAUCACAUCAAAGUACAGCAUUCCGAUAUAAAACCGUUCAGUUGUCAGUAUUGCGGCAAAACGUUCAAACUCAGAAAUACGCUUCUUAAUCAUCUGGUGCAGCACACAGGCAUCCGGAAAUUUUUCUGCGAAUUCUGCGGUCGGACAUUUGCUUCUAGCGGAAAUUAUUAUUCGCAUCGGAAACGUAUGCAUCCGCAAGAAUUGGCAGCGGUGAAGGAAAAGAAAGAGGAAGAGGAACGUCAAUUGCGGGAGAAGGUUUUCGAGGAUCGGUUAUUAAAAGAAGAAAAGUGAAAUUGUUAGACUUUUAGAAUUUCUGAAUAAAGAAGGACGUCUGUUAUGACAAAA